AUGUCGACACCCACACGUUCCUCUUCUCUUGAGUCUGAGCUGGAAAAUGAGGAGUGGUACCAUAUCUUCAAGGAUAUUCGGGAGGUAAAUGAAAUGGAGAAUGCGGAGCAGGACACUCGCCUGCACGAAGCUCAGCAGACUGAGCAAGCGGUGCAAGGUCCUGACUCGUUGGACGAGAGUGCAGAGGACGCAGAUCUCCGGGGUUCCCCCCCUCCCCCCUACAAACCCGGCCUUGCUCUGCCCAUUCCUGCCCCUCCUGUUGUUCCUGGAGGUGCAGAGCCUCAGAU